UUCAAAAAAUAUCUCUCCAUCUUUAAACAUGGAAUUACCAUAAAAUGAAACCAUCGACAAGUUUUAAAGACGGCCAUUAGCCUAUUUCACAUGAAACUCGCCAGUAUAGUAACAAAUCUCAGUGUAGAAUAAAAUCAAAUGAUAGCCUAGGACAAGGCCUAUUUGCGGAUUACUCCUUGGUGUUUGACUAGGCCUCCUGGGAUCACUGUUUCAGAGAGCAUCUUCGAGAGAAAAUAUUUCUCAAGAUCAUGGGGUUUGCUAUUGCCAGGCGUUGAUCGCCCACCCAACAAGAUUCUGUGAGAUAUGGAAGCGAUAUGGCUGUACCAGUUUCGACUCAUCGUCAUUGGGGACUCGACAGUAGGAAAGUCGUGCCUGAUCCGGCGAUUCACCGAGGGACGCUUUGCGCAGGUGUCCGACCCCACAGUCGGUGUAGACUUCUUCUCAAGGCUAGUGGAGAUAGAGCCAGGGAAACGCAUUAAACUUCAGAUCUGGGACACUGCUGGACAAGAGCGAUUCAGGUCUAUUACCAGGGCCUACUACCGCAACUCUGUUGGUGGGCUACUGCUGUUUGACAUCACCAACCGUCGCUCCUUCCAGAAUGUGCAUGAGUGGCUGGAGGAGGCCCGCAGUCAUGUCCAACCUCACAGUAUCGUCUUCCUGUUGGUGGGUCACAAGUGUGACCUGGAGUCCCAGAGGCAGGUGAGCCAGCAGGAGGCUGAGAAGCUGGCAGGUGCCUAUGGCAUGCGCUAUGUGGAGACAUCGGCUCGCGACGCCAUCAACGUGGAAAAGGCCUUCACUGAGCUAACGCAGGACAUCUUUGAGCUCGUGAAGAGCGGUGACAUCAACAUCCAGGAGGGUUGGGAGGGGGUGAAGAGUGGCUUUGUGCCCAAUGUGGUGCACUCCUCAGAAGAGGUCACCAAGAGUGACCGCCGGUGCCUCUGCUGAAUGUCCUGUCUGUCUAGUCGGCUUUA